AUCACUAAACUGAAAAUUAACUUUAACCACUACGAAAUGUCUUAUUAAAUGUCGCCAAUACAUUUACAUAGUUCUUAUAUUAAAAUGUUUUUGUCUUAAAUUUCAAUCAUUCGAGUAAAAUAAAAGUUUAGCUGAUAUUAGGUUUAGAGGAGUAGUGAUUGCAAUGCGUCUACUGUAUUUAAAUCUUAAAUACGCAAAACUGAAACUGUCCUCUCCCAGUCCUCCCAGAAGCUUUGACCAAUGAUUUUUCAUGGACUCUUCAAAUGUACGUGCCAAUCACAGACGGUACACCACAGAUUUAAAUCAUUCGCGACCACGGACUGUGACUCUUGUGAAGGAUAAAAGCGGAUUUGGUUUUACGUUGAGGCAUUUUAUUGUCUAUCCUCCUACAAGUUUUAAUUCUGGGAAGAAUAAACAAGUGCGGAAGGAAGAUGCUUCCAUUGCUGAAGCACAAUGGAAGUUGGACUGCAGAAACAAGCCAAUGGACACAAUAUUUAUCCGUGAGGUUAAGGAGGACAGCCCCGCAUACCAUGCUGGCUUAAAUAAAGGCGAUAGAAUAUUAGCGAUUAAUAAUCAUCCUUUAUCUGGGAAGUCCUAUUCCGAAAUCAUUCAUCUGAUUCUCAGGAGUGGGCAUACCCUACGCCUCCUAGUUGUCCCCAAAGAAGAUGAUAUUCUACAACUGUAUUUUGCAUCAUCAGCUUACCAACCAGUUCACCGCCAGAACAAAGAGCACAAGUAUUUAUUGCCUGCAUACCAAGCCCACAAUGAUAAAGCAAAUCUGCAGUAUCGACAAUCAAACUAUGGAACAUACCCUGGAAGACUCCAUCACAAAUCUAAAGCAUCUUUGGAAAGAGGGAAGCAAGAGAAUGGUAGUAGUGUUGUCAAUUACCAAGUCAUUGAAUCUCAACUUCCUAAUAAUGUUCUCCAAGAAGGUCUGAACAGCUCACACCUGGCAAGUGGUUUGGAUAAAAAAGAAGAUGAGUUUUCAGUGCACGACAAAUAUGAUCUGGAUACUUCAUGUUUUAGUGAAGACGAGGGAUACUAUCACCACUCUAAAGACCUAAAAUGUGCUAAAUUUGUAGAUCUGCAACCUCCAAAACUAAAAGACACUGUUGCCAAUUUAUACUACACUUUGUGCAGUGAUAAACCAUCUGUGUUUGCAUUUUCCUCAGAGGAUAAUCUGAAUUAUCCCAUAUACAUGUCAGAUUUUGAUGGCGUAGUUCAUUGUGAUAACAUGGCGGAAACUAAAAACGAUGCAGAUGCAUCUGAGGAUGGAGUACGCCACAUCUCUUAUCCAUUUGACAGAUCUCCCUUCGCCGAAUGCAAUCAGUCUUGUGAUAGUGUCGGUAAUGGCGAAUGCGUGUGCCAUUCGGAUUCGCGGACACCGGUUUAUUGGGCAGCGGACAAAGUACUUAAUCCGGAUGAAGCUGACCCUCAUUUUCAAGUCCAUCCCGAUCUUUUGUGUCGCAAGCCUAGUGAAAGGAACUCUAUAUCAUCUGCUUAUGAUUUUAGAGACAAUCCUAACAUACCUUCCAUCAAUCUGGUUGCUCAACGACGGCACCAGUUUGAGUCCGGGAAUCUUCUGGCGGAGUCGAUGGAAAGGAUGAACCUGUACAGAAGUGAGCUGUCGCGCAUGUCCAAAGCCAACCAGGUGAAAAUAGUGUCGUCUCGCACUGCAGCAUUUGAAAAUAAGUCCUUAAGUCCUACGUACAGCUUUGAGAAACCAGCUGCUAUCCCAGAUGCUGCUAUACCAGCUUUGAAAGAGGCUGUGUACGUUAACAGUGAAGAGAUUCAGGCUAUGCAGAAUGCUAGAUACGCUUCUUUAGACCUGGAAAACGAAAAUAAACCGAAUGAAGAUAUUUUAACCUGUGAUGUUGAUUCUGGUCAGGCAAUUGAAAAAGGGGAAUUUAAUCCUUGUGCAGCUGGAGUUGUACAUAGGAGGAAAACUGUCCCAGCUUCUUCAGAUCCAGAUGAAUGUCACAUCGUUCGCCGCAUAUCAUAUUUACGAGCGACAGCUAACGAACGAAUGAACCUAGAAUCUGAUCUAAGUGAGGAAGAUGAAACUUCUGACAUUUCUAGUCCAAAUAAAGAGUAUCGUAUUCAGAAGUUGAAAUCUUUCUUUGGGGAAAAGACUCCUAAGGUGAAGCAAGCCAUGGUUCCAGUGGACAUAAAUGAAGAUGAUACUACUUGUGAUUCUCCUGCAACUGAUACUCAUAAAACUGUAUAUGGUUGGGUUAUCUGUAAAGUUGUUUCUUUGGAGGGGAAAGUAAGCCUCUAUUCAUGUCUUUUUUCCUGUUUAAUGCUCCUACUUGUUAGAAUACUUUCACUGAUUUUUUGUGCAUUAACUCCUAAGGUGAAGCAAGCCAUGGUUCCAGUGGACAUAAAUGAAGAUGAUACUACUUGUGAUUCUCCUGCAACUGAUACUCAUAAAACUGUAUAUGGUUGGGUUAUCUGUAAAGUUGUUUCUUUGGAGGGGAAACGUUCAAGUGAUCGAUCGUGGAGACAUUUGUGGGCUAUUCUAAGAGAUAAUAUACUCUAUCUCUUAAAAGAAAGACGUGAACCCUCUAAGGGAACAUUAACCGGUGAUGAACAUGUGAUAAAUGUUAAAUUUAGUGUAGCUAAAGUUGCAAAUGACUAUGUAAAAAGGAAACACGUUUUAAGGCUUCUACUUCUGAAUGGAACUGAGUAUCUAGUUCAGACUGAAAGUCACAAUAGUAUGAUGGAAUGGCUGAAAGCUCUACAAAUUUUCACUCGAGAAAUCACUGAAAUUCCUGAGUGGUUGAGAAAUACAUCAGUGCUGGAAAAAGCUAAAGCUUAUGAACAGCACUUGCACGCUGGCAAAGGAAAAUCAUCAAAUCAACCACAUAAUGUCAAGAAAUUAGUGUUUCGCCAUCGCAAUCCUUCUGAACAUUCCCCUACCAUCAAAUCGAGAAGAGCUUCUCAAGGAGAUGAGUUAGCUUUAACGAAAAUUGGAGUGCUUUGGCGAGAUCGUAUGCUUCAAGGCUGGAAGAGAGUACAUGGUGUAAAUUCUCAUAUUCCAAAAGGCUCAUCUUUUGGGGUUAAAUUAGAAAAUGCUCCUCCUGGUAUUACUAAUGAACACGUUCCUCUGCUUGUUGAACUAUGUGUUCAAAUCGUGGAAUCCAGAGGUUUAGACGUGGUUGGUAUAUACAGAGUGCCUGGUAAUAAUGCUUCUGUCAGUGUCUUGACCGAUUUGGUGAAUCAGGGCAUAGAUGAUGAGGCCCUGAAAGACUCCCGGUGGAACGAUGUAAAUAUUGUUUCUAGUUUACUGAAAGCCUAUUUUAGAAAAUUACCUGAGCCACUUCUAACAUCUCAUCUCUACCCUAAAUUCAUACAAGCAAGUGAGAUAGAUGAUCCAGUUAAAAGACUGAAAGCUAUCAAACAUGUGUUAUAUCAUUUGCCUGUACACUAUUUUGCAACUCUGCGAUUUUUGAUGUAUCAUUUGAGAAAAGUGGUAGAACAUUCAACUACAAAUAAAAUGGAAGCCAGAAAUUUGGCCAUAGUGUUUGGUCCCACAUUAGUUCGAGCUACUGAUAACAACAUGGUUGCUAUGGUGACUGAUAUGCCUCAGCAAUGCUACCUCAUUGAAACCAUGAUAACUUAUGUUGAAUGGUUGUUUGAAGAUUGUGGUGAUAUCUUGCCUAUUGAAAUAAAUGCUCAGGAUAAAAGAAAAACUCAUCCGCCUUCAAAUAUCCAAUCAAGCGCUCUACUUAGUAACAUCAACAAAAUAGACGAAAACGCUGUGGACUCCUUACCUCAUGAAAUGUUCUCAUCAAUUUACAAUGUUGCAUCCCGUCACCUGAGACAUCGUCAUAAAAAGAAAGAUCCUGCUAGCUACUCCAAGAAGAGAUCUGGCAUAAUUGCUGACGACACUGACAUCAUGGCACAGGGUGAAAACGGCACCAUUCCAAUCAUCACCUGUAACAACUUAGACGUCAAGCCGAAUGAAACAGAGAAUCUCUCUGAUGUUAGUUUUGGCAGCUGCUCUAGUCUUAUUUCUGGCUCAUCUGUUUCUAAGCAGAGAUCAUUGUCCAAAGAUCUUCAGAAUGGCUCUGCUGAGGAAGCUAGUCCUAUGUCCAAAGGCAAUCUGCCUAGUGAGCCCCAGACGGAAGAGCACGCCGUCGGGCAUAAAUACAAUAAACUCAGUGAAAUGGCCCAAGAAAAGAUCAGGAACUUUGAACAGGAGACAAAAGCUCUUCUGAGGAGGGAUUUUCAGAAGCCCAGGGCUUCUGUGGGUACUCCUCAAGUGGAAUGGGAGCAAAUCGAAAAAGAGUGGCAAAAAGCAAAGCUGGAGCUUGAGCAGGAAGAUUUGUUGGAUUAUUUAGCGGAUGAUCCAUCUUAUCUUUCUUGCCUUCUCAGCCGAGGGAAAGAGGAGUUUUCGCCAAAUGAUCCUGGAAUGGCGGAACUAUGUCCCACUAAAACUGAACUGCCCCGGAGUUUAUCAUCUGGUAAAGAGCUUUUGAGUUGCCAAAGUUCCAGAACUUCAACUUUUCUCAAGCCUAUUUCUCCCCUCAUUCAAAGUGAUAAAUCAGAACAUAAAGCAGAAGUUUCUUUGACUUCUCUCCAAAGCGAUAUUGACAGAACAAAGCUAGAGAAACCAGAGAUUCCCAUGUCUAUUAGUCAGCCUGCUUUAGCCUCUGUGUUUAGUCAGAAAACUGCUGCUUCUUUAGAAGAAUACUCAUCAUCCAUGCCAGAUGCUGACAUAAUUAGGCAUAGCUCAAGUAAUGCAAACUCAGAACAUUCUGAGUCUAAAAAAGAAUCUGUCCAUCAAAUGGAUCAGAAUUGUCCCCAAUCAACGAGCUCUAAGGUGACACACUCAUCUCAUCCUAGUUGAUAUUAUUUGGGAGACAAUUUUGUAAAAUAUGUAUAGUUUAUUUAUUAUACAUCAGAGUAGCUCACGCAUAUGUUGAUAUUUUAUUUUUAAAGUUUUUGCCUUUACUAUAUUCUGUGUUAAUUAUGUAAAUGGAAUAGGUAAUUCAAGAUUUUGUUACCAAAGCUGCAAAAGUUACAUUACCUCAUUUGAAGAAAAAAAAAAUUUAAAACAUUUUUUUUUUUUAAACUAGCAGUGCAGAUUAAGAAAUUACAUAUUCAGUAAAAGUGUGAGUAGAGAGUAGCUGUUACCACUAAUUGGAGCACAACAAUAUUAAAAAGUUUUCAUUUAGAAUUUAUUAUGGGAUAUUUUGAUGCAUGCAUGAAAAAAUUGUUGUACAUUGAUACUUUUUUAAAAUUCCCUUUAAUACUUUUUUAUUGUAUAUUGUUUACUUUUUUUUUAAGGAAACCAAAAAAAAUUGUUGAAAAUUGCUGAGAUUCCUAUUUAAACUAAACUUGUUUAGAUUAAAUAAUUAAAAAGAUACAUUGAGAGAACAGCACAAAGAGCAGAAAGUAAAGAUUUUUUUUUCUCCAUUACUUUAUUUCAGAACUGACUGUAUAAAAAUUUAUUCCCCCUUUUAAAAUUCAACUUAAAUUUAAUCAUCUUAAAACUUUACUUAUAAUUUUUAAUGACUUUAUAUUUGAAAACUUCUCUAUAUGUAUGUUAGAUUAAACUACAUUUUUAGAAUAAUUUCUAUCUAAUUGUGUUGAGAUCAUAGUCAAAUUUGGAUUUCUAAAGAAAGUGCUGCAGAAAUUCUCUCCAUAAAUUCUGCUGUCGAGCAUAUAUAUAUUGGAACCUCAAUCGAUUGUUUUUUAUGGAACCUUCUUUGGGAACAAUGGAUACAGGGAAAUGAUAAAUGUGUGUCUAAAUUAAAUAAUAAUUAUUGGCUUGAAAAUGUAAAAAAUUAAUAAUGAGGUAAUGAACUUGAAAAUUAGUUAAUUUGUUAUUAGUAUAAAAAAUUUUGAUUAAAAAAAUUAUAACUUUAUUGCCAAAAAUAACUUAUGAUGCAAAGGAAUGAACACAUUUAUUUAUUUAAAAUAUUUGAAAAUCUUGGUCUGAAUACUUUCUUCUUCUAUACACAGACAACUAAUUUUUGACAAUUUUAAAAGAUUAUUGUUAAUUUUCUGUACACUUGGCGUUAAUACAAAAAUUUGCUCAUUGUUUCAUAGCCUUUUGCAAAGGUUAGCAAUAGUUGGUGAUCCAUUUUGCCGCCUGUUCUACUUUUUAGCUUUUGCAACCAUUUCUGAACAUACAACACACGUUUCAACAUUUUUAUUGACCUAUACAUCACCAUCAAAUUUACACCAAAUUCUUAUUUUCUUCAUCAUUAGCAUCAGGAAUUACUCUUUUCCUUCUCAAGAUGAAAAAAAACUUCAAUGUUUUUAAAUUUUGGUGAAAUUUCUGAACAAUAGACAUGAGAAUUCAUUAAUUUUCAAACCAAUCUAGACAGGUUUUGUUAAUAUUAUAAGAAUAGCAUUUCUAACAGUUCUUUUAAAACAAGACAAUACAUGUAGAAAUAUGAAAGAACAAUGAAUUAAGGUUUGACUGUAUAUAUAUAAAGGCAAUUAUACAUUCAUACUUACAUUGUGUGUCUAAACGCAUGUGUCAAACAAAAAUGUGGGAUAAUGGGUACAAAGAAGUCUGCUCU